AAGUAAUCCUUAUUCAAUAUUUCUUAUCGUCAGAACAUGUUUAUAUAUGUAAUUAAGGACCAAGAAUAUGUAAGUUUUUCAGUUCAUUAUUUUCUAGAUGAGCUAGCUAAGCAGAAAAAGCAAAGGUUCAUCAUUUCUUCUCUCCAAACUUGUAAUCCUUGUUAUAUAUCUUGUGUCCGAACACAUACCAAUAACCCACAGCAUCAUUUUUCAAUGGAUGGGCACGUAGUUUUGGGCUUUGGAUUCAUAACAAUUGGUUUAUGGCACUUGUUCAACCACAUCAAGCUCCAUGCACUUAGACCCACUUCGUCUUCGACUUUCUGUUCUACUAAUUUCUGGUUUCCCACCCCCAAGUUCAGAUACUUAGAGCUCAUCUUCAUCAUUGUUAGCUCCACAAUUUUCAUAGCCUUGGAACUCUUCAUCUCUCCCUCUCAUCACCAACCUUUCGACCCAGAUGGAAGCAUCCCUUCCACACACCUUCACAACUUAGAACAUUCAUCCAUGUCCCUAGCUUUCUUCAUCUACGCUUCGUUCGCCAUAGCUCUAGACCUUACUCCCUCUUAUAAAGCUCAGAAAGAACUAACCCAUUUGUUAGCUGCCAUAGCUUUCGCUCAGGAACUUCUUCUUAUUCACUUUCACUCUUCUGAUCACAGAGGACCAGAAGGCCAAUACCACCUUCUUGCUCAGUUUCUGGAUUUUGUUUCUCUGGCUACAACGCUUAUGGGAAUUGGAUUGCGUUAUAGUUUCAUGGUUUGCUUCUUGAGAUCGCUUAGUAUAAUGUUUCAAGGUGUGUGGCUUAUGGUUAUGGGGCUUAUGCUUUGGACUCCUGGGUUGAUUCCCAAAGGAUGCUUUUUGAAUCUUGAAGAUGGUCACUAUGUGGUGAGAUGUUCCAAUGAAGAGACGCUUCAGAGAGCUCGCUCGUUGGUUAAUAUUCAGUUCAGCUGGAUCUUUAUUGCGGUUGUCGUUUUCGCCGUGUCGUUUUACAUCGUUUUGGUAAGGUAUUAUCAAGACAAUAAGCUGGCAUAUGGUCGUUUAGAAGAUGAUCUGAAUGAUGACGACAUUGAGUCUCAAAAGAAAAGCAUACAACUUGUUGGUAAUAUAGUUGCUCAUUAGAGUCGUUGUGAAUUAUUCCGUAUGCAUGUUUGUGUCUGUAGAUCAUUCGAGUAAUUGAAUAAUUGAUUACACAUAUUUUGUUGUAGAAAAUUAAUUUUUUGGAUCCAAUCUCAAAUUAGAAGUGCCA